GAGAUGAAUAAGUUCAUAACCGUAGCUUUGAUUGCUCUAGUUAGUGUUCAAGCCUUCGAUAUUGAUUUCGCAUUGUUGUUGUAGGUAAAAAAUAAUUGCCAUCAAUUUCAAAGACAGGAUCAGAAUCCAAUGAUGCUGUACAAGCAGUCUAUGAUUUAUUGAAUGAUUUAAAGACAAGCAACAUUGAAGCAUAAGGACUUGCAGAUGAGAAAAACAUUUCAGAUGAGGAAAUCGGAUAAUCCAGAAUUGCUGCCUUAUCAAAAGUCAAUGAAUUGAACUAAAAGGCUUGGGCAAGUGCAAAGGCAAGAAGAGAAUAAAUCGGAGUCGAAUACAGAGUAAUUCACUUAAUAUCAUUUUUCAGGAAGCAACAGACUACAUUGCUUGGGCUACAUAAAGAUUGGCUGAUAUUGACAGAAGAGAAGUCGAAUUAGAAGAAUUGAGAUGUUUCUCUAAUGGAUUGUUUGUAAGAGCCAUCAAAUAACACAAUGAUGCUUUGGGAGUCAUCAGAAUAUUAAAGAAUGAUUUGAGGUAUAACUAUAUGUGGAAAUGUUUAGCGGAUACUUAACAGGAGCACCAUCUUCAAUGGUUGAAUUGAAAGUCGAGAACGUUGCUGACAAAUUGAAACAAUACAGUCAAUUGUUUAAUCAAGAUGCCAUGAGCAAAUUCGCUCAAUUGGCUGCAGAAUAAGCCUCAGGAAAUGCUGAAUUACAUGCUUUGGGAGAAAGUGAAAGCACAACUGGAGGAGAUAGACAACCAGGAGUCAACGUUGGUCAAUUAGUCUACAAUGCCUUGAGUGAUUUGGAGGAUCAAUUGAAAUCAGCCUUGGCUGCUUUAGAACAAAAUGAAAUUGCCGGAUAUUAUCAAUUAGCUGAUUGGUUGGCUGACUCUGAAGCUGAGAAGGUUCAUUUGUAAGAUGAAAUCUAAAGAAAGACUCAACUCUAAGACAAAUUAGUCGUGGUAAUUAUAUAGUGUCUAAUCUCUUAUAGUAAGAAUAAGCUGCUCUCGCUGUUUAGGCCAAAGCAAAUUCAGUCUUAAAGGAUUCAUAAAAUGCUAUCAAUGCUGCCACAGCUAGUUUACAAGAGUUGAGAGACCUCUAUGACACCGAAUUGAAUAGAAGAAAUGGUAUUCAUGUUAACUAUUACUUUAGAGGAGAAUGCCAUCAUUGAUGAAGUGAUCCACAUCUUCAAAUAACAAGUUUUGGAAAUGGCUAACUAAACCUCAUAUGGCAAGAAAUGAAAUAUUAAGAUUAUCAAUUUAAACUGAAUAUUUUAUAUUAAAU